AUGAUUAACGAUUUCGCAGUUAAAUCUCCACUUAUAGCAGAUCAUUUGAAGUUUGUCGAUGAUGUGACAUUGUCAGAAGUAGUUAAGACUGAAUCAAUUUCGGUUUUACAGACCAACCUCGAUACUAUUUCGGCCUGGGCGAAAGAUAACAACAUGAAUCUCAACCCCAAGAAAUGCAAAGAGAUGGUG